UCCUGUCAGCAGCUCCCUGGGUUUGCAUUGCAGCGGGGAGGUCGCCUGGUCGCCCCGAGGAUAUCACGCCUCUUGUCAGGACCUCAGUAUUGGCGGGUGGGGGACAGCGGGCAACAGUCCCUGACAGGAAGGGACGGACUGGGCGCCGCCGCCUACCUCUCCCCAACCCCCGGCCAGGCAGGCAACCCUCCUCCUCUGCCCCUCGUGUUCCCCCCCCUCGCUUCGGUUUUUCGCUUCGCUUGGCCGGCUCCAGUCCCAGUCCCGGCCGGGUUGCCAUUGGCUUAGCGGCCCCAUCCGGGCACUUGGCGCAUCGCUGCUGCUCAGCCCGAGCGCUCCCAAUAUGGCGGAGGCUUCCUUUGGGAGUUCGAGCCCAGGUUUGUCCUGUUCAGUUCCUUCUUCUGUGAUUCCGGCAGUGGGAAGCUUUUGGGCUAUAAAUGGAAUUCACUUUCUUCUUUAAACUAUAUAAACAAUUAUAAAACAACCCAAAGCAGCACUUGUUGGCUCUUUAUCUUCUGAAGAUCAUGACUUUGACCCUACAGCUGAAAUGUUGGUACAUGACUAUGAUGAUGAGAGAACUCUUGAAGAGGAGGAAAUGAUGGAUGAGGGGAAAAAUUUCAGUUCUGAGAUUGAAGACUUAGAAAAGGAAGGAAGCAUGCCCUUAGAAGAUUUACUGGCAUUCUAUGGCUAUGAACCAACAAUUCCAGUUAUAGCAAGUUCUAGUGCAGAUAGUUCCCCAAGUGAACUUGCGGAUGAACUGCCAGACAUGACUUUGGAUAAAGAGGAAAUAGCCAAAGACCUCUUGUCGGGGGAUGAUGAAGAAACACAAUCUUCUGCUGAUGAUUUGACACCAUCGGUUACUUCGCAUGAAGCUACAGACUUUUUCCCUCGACCUUUAAGAUCAAACACUACAUGUGAUGGUGAUAAAGAGUCGGAUGGUGAAGAUGUGGAGGUGGAUGCUGGUAAUUCAUCGGAAGAGUUGCGGAAGGAAAUAAUGAUUGGUUCACAGUACCAAGCAGAAAUCCCACCUUAUUUAGUCAAAAACAGCAGUGAUGAAAAAGUAUAUGAAAAUGAAGACCAGCUACUUUGGCAACCUGAUGGGAUUUCAGAGAGUAAAGUUAAGGAGUAUCUUUUUGAGACCUCUUUAAGAACUGGAAAUGAAAAAAUGAUUGGCAGAAUUCCGGAGGGAAUACAUACACGGGACAAUGAACAGGCACUCUAUGAACUUCUCAAAUGCAGCCACAAUAUAAAAGAAGCAAUUGAGAGGUAUUGCUCAAAUGGAAAGGCAUCUCAAGAAAUGACAGCCUGGACAGAAGAAGAAUGUAGAAACUUUGAACAUGCACUUCUGAUUUAUGGGAAAGAUUUUCAUCUCAUACAAAAAAACAAGGUGAGAACCAGAACAGUUGCUGAAUGUGUCGCAUUUUACUACAUGUGGAAGAAAUCAGAACGAUAUGAUUAUUUUGCUCAGCAAACAAGAUUUGGAAAAAAGAGGUACAACCACCAUCCGGGAGUCACGGACUAUAUGGAUCGGUUGGUGGAUGAAGCAGAAGCUCUUGGUGGAGCUGUUCAUUCUUCAGCCAUAACGACAAACAGCAGGCCAGAGCCCAUUCCUGACCAACAGCUAAGCAUCCUGAACUCCAUUACUGCCAAUGAUUUGACAGCACUAACCAACAGUGUAGCCACAGUCUGCCAUUCUACAGAUGUGAACUGCUUAGAUGAUGCCUUCCCACCUCUGGACAGCUUGUCCCGAACAGCAGUUAAUCAUGUGCCUGUCGUAACAGAAGAUCUGCUUAACUUGCCUAGUAAUGGUGAAAGUGAUUGUUUUAAUUUAUUUGAAACUGGAUUUUAUCACUCUGAGCUAAACCCAAUGAACAUGUGCAGCGAGGAGUCCGAAAGGCCUGCCAAGAGACUAAAAAUGGGGAUUGCAGUCCCAGAAUCCUUCAUGAAUGAUGUUUCUGUAAAUAACUUGGGCGUUGAUUUUGAAAAUCACACGCACCAUAUUACCAGUGCCAAAAUGGCAGUCUCAGUGGCUGACUUCAGCAGUCUAUCUGCAAACGAGACGAAUGGCUUUAUUAGUGCCCAUGCAUUACACCAGCACACUGCCCUCCACUCAGAAUGAAUCCAGCAGCCAAGCGAAGAGAUGGUGGACACUGUUGGCAGUUUGUGGUAAACUCGAUGGGAACGAUCAGGUUUGCUUAGUCUUUCACUGGAAGUUUGAACUGUAUGACAUCAGUGAUGUCUUUAUGUACAGAACUAUAUCUUGAUUUAUCAAGAGUAAUUUCAUUUUUUCCAAUCCAUAGAUAUGGAAACUUCAUACAAUGUUUAGCAGAGUUUGGGGACUAAGAGAACUCUGUGGUGCAGCUUUAAGCUCUGCUUCCUCUUUCUUAAACCUGUAGACAGAGACUGCUGUCUCAAAACCAGCACAGAAGUUCUGAACUGAUUGGAGUGGCUUUUUAGUCUAAGUUGCUUCUGCCCUGAUGGAUGCAGUGGAAUAAUGAUUGUUUACAGGUACCAGUUCUGAUCCCUGCUCAGUGUAGCAUUUUUUAAAAAGCAGGGAAAGUUUUCUUUAAUUUUAAACUGCACAAACACACAAGGAUAUUUUUAAAUGGAACCUUCUCUCAUCUAUUAUACCAGAGCACUUCAGUUCACGAAACAACAGGUUCACCUUGGAUACUAGCACAAGGGACUGUAGGAGCAAGGUCUGAAGACACCCAUUUGGAUUCUCUUACCAAAUUACAGGCUAUGGCUACCUUACACAGAGAUGAUUAUACUGUCCAAAGGUUUCUGUGUACUUCAACCUAUUGGCUGAACUGAUGUGGUCUUUUGUUGGAGUGAGGGCGUGUCCACACUUCUAAGGAGUAGGAUGUUAAAACAUCAUCAAGCAUUAUGUAACUUUUCCUAAGGCCACUGAGAGAUAAUGGUACAGUCUGCACAGCUUAGGUUCUACCACUAAUGGUUUACAUCUUAGGACUCGCCUUAAGUUCAGAUUACUGCAGUUCAAAGUGUUAAAACUUAUGAGGGACUUUAGAUUCACAGAUGAUGAUGAUUGAUGAUGAUGCAGUAGAAUCUUGAAGUAUAUAUAAUUGUUGUUUCAAGCAUGGACCUGUUUUUCUUUCUGGAUUGACAGAAAAGUUCAAGUGCAUUUUUAUACUCCAAGAGGGUCCUUUUGUUAAGGCUGUUUUAUGUGUUUGUUUUUGUUUGUUUGUUUUUGGUAAACUUUCACAGAUGAAGAUUUGUGAAAGGCCACUAGAGCUUUUGCUUUUAAAUGGCUAUCAGUUACAGUAACCAGUAAGCUUUUGGUUAUGUGCUCUGAAUGAUAUCAACUUCUGUCUUACAAAAAUGCUGAACUUUCUUGUAGUACAAUUGAAAUGCAGUAAUACUUGUCUUGUUUUGCACUGGCCAUUACACGUAUUUAAUUUUCUUUAAAUAACUGCAUUUUUUAAAAAAGGGCAAGUUUUUCAUAGUGUUGCUAAUGAUUUCACCCUUGCACUGCAUAAAUAGAAAGCAGACGCCUUAGUUAGUACUUCAAAGGGAGGGUAUUUAUUGAACAUACUGUGAACUGCAUUGACAUCUGAAGUUUGAGAUGCAGCAUAUUGCUGUGUGUUCUUCACAGCAUUGUAACAAAGAUGGCUUUGAAGAGUUCGACACCAUAGCACACAUUUAACUGUUUUUCGCAGCUUAAUUUAGCACAGUGGACAAAAAUUGGUGGUGAUGACUUGUUAUACACCCGCAAUCUGUAAAUGUAGCAAGUUCACAGUCAAUAAUGGGUAGCCUUGGCCGUGUGUCGUAUCCUGACAUUUAAAGCCAAAUUGUCAGCUUCCUGUUGCUGUGAUUUGUGCAGAACUCUGUACCUUGUUUCUUUUUGUUUCUGUAUCAACACAUCUUACAUAAUUUUGUAAGAUACUGGCCAUAUUUUUUGUUAUACAUUCAUGUUUAUGGGUUUACAGUGGCUGGUCUGUAUAAAAAUCAUUACACAAAAAUGUCUGAAUGCUUAUACCAGUUGCACUUAAAUGAACGCACCCAUUCUCAUUAGCUGAUGCAGUACUAUGUUCAGUUUAUCUAUGCAUUGCUGGGGUCUUAAUGAAGACCGAGACAGUCUAGUUUCUCGUCUAAAGUUUUGAUUGUCAGCAAGUUGAAUGGACACUUUAGCUAUUUAAUAAAGACUUUUGACCAAAAUUCUGAAAAUGGUAUGAGAGAACAAUGAAUUCCAGCUAGUUUUAAUAGAUUUUUAAUUGCUGAUCUAAUUUAGCCUGUUGGCUAGCUAGCUGGUAAUGUUUACUUUUAAUUCCUUGUUAAAAUGAGGCAAUAAUUUGCAAGAUUAUGUAAAUAUGUACAUUCUGCAUAUCUUUUUAGAUAUCUAUUUCAAUAUUUUCUGACUACUUCUGUGUAUAGUAACAUUUUGUGCAUGCUUGAUGUGACAUUCAUAAAUUUGUACCACUAUGACUUUAUUCAUGUAAAAUAGCUAUUUAUUGAAUUUUUCUUUUAAAAGCUGGACUUAACCUGUUUUUUUCUCUGUUUUUAAAAUUUUAAUGGAGAACUUGUACUGUUUACAAAAAGAGUUGUGUUUGAGUAUGAAGAAUGACAACAUUGCAACCAUAUGAAGAAAUCUACAUUGCCUUGUUUCUUAGUGGAUGAAGCACAAUUCUUCUAACAAACUGUGACAACUUCUCCAUUUUUGCUGAAUAUAUUUUCUCUCUCUCUCCCCACCCCCCUCCACCGAAGAACAAACCAAAAAUCCAUCAUGGGCAAUUGCAGUUUGGUAGUUGUAUCAUUUAACUACAGGGACUCUGAAAAGGAUAGCUGAUUCACUUAGAAGUGUAACUGGUGCUGUGAUUAGAGCAAUACUUUUACUUUCAUUAGUCAUUUCAUCCUCUCAUGAACAGCUUUUUAAAUGUUUGUUUUUCGUCAUGGUCAAAUUGCUGACUUUACUUGAAGGCUGUACAAUACUGUCUGAAGUAUACUAAAUUGUGUACAAUUAGGUUGAUUGUGCAGUUGUUUCCUUUUAGAACUGAGAUUCAAAAACCAUACAUUAAUUUCAGUUCCAGUAGAGUAUUAGUGAUACUAUUUAAUUUAACCAAAGUUUUUAGUGGAUAUUUCAACUUUGAAUGUAAACUAGUAGAUAAACUGACCAGUAGAAGACUCCGUUUGCCCAGUGUUACAAGCACAUUGUUUAUAAAUGGAAAACUAAAUUUUUACACAACAUCAUGUUAUGAUUUUUCCAUUGGAAUGGGAAAAUGUUCCAGUUACUGUCUAAGAACAAUGAAGAGGUCUCAAGUCCUCCCUAGAGCAACCAGUCAUUCCUAGAUUCAGGUUGGUAUCCCCUGUGCAUAAUGAUACAAAAUUAGUGACAAUCGCAACCAGUUUUAGUAUCAGAUCUCCAAGAGGAAGUUGCUAUUGUUGCAUUGGUUUUAAUAUUUGUACAUAAACACUGAUUUUUUUAACAUUAUUUUGUAUUUGUUGUACUUUAAUACCUGGUGUACAGUUCCAGAAAUAAAUGUCUGGAAACCUUU